AAAGCGGGUGAUCGAGUUCAAGUUCAGGUACAGUCUAGCGCUUUCUUUGAGGGAGGCCCCUCAGCCGCGGUUUCAGUUGCAGUUUUUCUUAUAUUUUGAAUGUUUUUAGUCGUUUCCUGAAUUGUUUUUGUUCUGGCGAAUACUCUGCGCAAUGUGUUAGAUUUUCAGAAUCAAAUUUAGAAACUCUUAUCAGUGAAAUCCGCGAGUGAAAAUUUGACGCAAGCACGCUGCGCAUGGUUGCGGUCUUAUUUUGACUGAACAAUCUUGGAAUUUAAUGAAAUCGUGAUGCUGGAUAAAGUGUUAUUAUUCUUCGCUGCGCUGCGAGUGGCGUCUGUGUUUAUCGUGAGGACCUGGUACGUUCCGGACGAAUAUUGGCAGAGCCUGGAAGUGGCUCAUCGGCUUGCAUUUGGUUAUGGUCACCUCACCUGGGAAUGGACAUACGGCAUCCGCAGCUACGUGUAUCCAUCGAUGAUAGCUGGGCUGUACAAGCUGUUGGAACUGGUUAAGUUUGAUUGUGUUGAGCUUCUUGUUUUGCUUCCACGACUGCUGCAAGCCUUACUGUCGGCUUACUCGGAUUACCGAUUCUACGUGUGGUCGAAAAAAAGCAAGUGGUCCAUUUUCAUGAUAGCCACAUCCUGGUUCUGGUUCUACACCGCAUCCCGUACGCUAUCGAACACUCUGGAAGCAUCGCUGAUGGUCAUCGCUCUUAGCUUUUUCCCCUGGACGGGAUCGGAGUGCACAGUUUUCUUGUGGCCAGUUGCGAUUUCGGUUUUCGUGAGACCAACUUCUGCCAUUGCGUGGGUCCCAUUGUGCCUGUAUCAUAUGAAGAAAUCUUCCCAUCCAGUAUGGGAGCUGCUGUUGAAACGUUAUCUCGUGAUUGGAUUUGUUGUUGGCACAUUUGCGGUAGCAGUUGAUAGCUUCAUACAUGGCUCACUUUUGCUGUCACCCUACGAGUUUCUACGUUUCAACGUGCUAAAAGGCAUCGGAAGUUUCUACGGAGAGCACCCUUGGUACUGGUAUGUUAAUGUUGGACUUCCGACUGUUUUGGGAAUUAGUACAUUGCCGUUCCUGUUAGCUGCCGUGGAAACUCUUCGUCAUCGCCAAGUGUACAAAGAACGAGCCAUUUUACUUACAAGUGUACUUUUCACGCUUGUAGUUUACUCGAUGCUACCACAUAAAGAGUUCCGUUUUCUGCUGCAAAUUUUACCCAUUUGCCUUUAUGUUUCGGCAGAUUUUCUAUCCCGAUGGAGUAGGAAAGCUUCAGGUAAACUGGUAUGGUUCGCUGCUCUCGUGCUGUUAGUUGGCAAUGCCAUUCCGGCAGGGUAUUUGAGCUUUACACAUCAGCGUGGCACAUUAGAUGUCAUGUCUUCGCUUCAGAACAUUGCAAGGAAUUAUCAGGAUGAAAAUGGUCAUGCAGCUAAGUUUUUGUUUCUUAUGCCCUGCCAUUCUACGCCAUUCUAUAGUCAUAUCCACCAUAACACGACCAUGCGUUUCUUGCGUUGUGAACCGACUUUCCACGAGGAUCGCAUUUAUAUAGACGAAGCGGAGACUUUCUACAAGGACCCGACCAGUUGGUUGCGACGAAGCAUACCAGUUCAUCCGCGUAGCGCAAUGCCAUCGCACGUGAUCGCUUUCGAUUCGCUAGAACCAGAGAUCAAGGAUUUCCUCGGCAACUACGAAAAGUAUGAGACCUUCUUCCAUUCCGAUUACACUACAGAUAGGAUUGGCGGGAAUGUCGUUGUAUAUGAAAGAUACAACCCAAGCAAAUCUACACCGGCGCCAUCUAUACCACAAGUAGAAGAAAAUGACCAACCGAUUAAUAAUGAUGAACCAGAACCAUGAAAAGCUCAAGCUUUGUAUUUUUUAAGAUUUCGUGUGUUUUUGAUUUUUUUUAAUUCAGAAAAUUGUCAUGUCAGGUUGGCGAUACGUUUGUAUUUUGGUAAAAGUGUACCAAUAUGGUUCAAUUCAAAGCGCUGCAAUAAUAAUAGGCUUUUGACAAGUUGGCAAUUCGAAGAACAGCGUACUUUAAAUAUUUUCUUCAUCUAGUGUUGUAAGGAACGGAAACUUUCUUUGGAAAAGAAGUUUUAGCAAUGAUUUUGUUAGUGUAAAACUGCCAAGUACUGAUUAACUCCACAACAGUGUGACAAACUGAGGCACAAAUCAGCAGAAUACAUGACAACACUGCUGGAGCACUGUGUCCUAUAGAUAUAAUUUUUGAAGUAGCCGAAACCUUGCAAAUUCUACCUUGUUUUUAACUGAAUAAAGUGUUCAUAUUUUAAUACAUAAUACUAAGAA